AUGGCCGAGCUAGAGUCCCAAGUGAAUGAGCUCAAAAAUUCCAUCCCAAAAGACUUCCCCAAACAACACAAUUUUCCCAACUUUGAACGCUUCGAACAGAAGUUGGCAAAGCUAGAGUCUGAACUUCGGGAGCUAAAACAUCCUGUCGUGUCCAAAGAACCGAGUCCGCCCACCGAUGAGGACAGCCUUAACUCCAGGCUCAAGAAGGCAGAGAACUCAGUGACCAAGCAAUCUCACCGCAACAUGGAACAAACUAGGGAUCUGGAAGCUAUGUCAUUGCGAAUGAAGGAGCUCGAGAAAAAGUUUGAAUCAAUUUCCAAUGUUGGGAGCCGGCUCCACGAGCUCGAAAAACGACCUACGGAUUUUACCCAACUUGCGUUGCCUUCACAGAUGCCGGAUACGCCAUCUCAUGCUCAAAUUCAGCACACAGACACGCAGUUGAAGUUCCUACAGAAUCGCCUGCAGGGACUUGAGGGUCGGUUCGAUCUGUUGGCCAAGGCAUCCAAAAUGACUCAUGAUAUACAUAUGCAAGAGCUAGAGAAAGACACUAAACGAAUCGGUCAGCUGGAAACAGACUAUCACCAAUUCGCUCAAAGACUGGAUAAAAGCGCUAAAGAACUGGCUGCCUCACAAACAGCAUACGCCAACUCAAUAACUGGUAAUCAAUCUGGGAUCAAUCUCAAAGUUCGCGAUGAUUUGAACAAGCUUUCAGGGGCCGUGGACAAGGUCUCCAAAGAGAUGGUGCCAGAACUCUCCAAAUCUCUGGGCAAAUCCAACGGUCUCUUGCAGUCCGUGAUUCAGGGAACCCGAUCUCUGGAAUCCCGUUUUCAACAACUUACCACCGAGCCGCUGGUCAAACACAUGAUGCAUGCCAUGCAAGAAAUGUACCCUUCAGUUGGCACAUUGUCGGAGCAAGUUCAAGCUUUCAAGGGUCAUGCCGAGAAAGAGAUCGCUGAAGUGAAGCAAAAGCUCGAAAAAUUGGAGAUGUUGCCAUCCGGCGAAGCCCAAUCAGAAGCCCUAGAAAAGUUACGGGCUCAACUGGAAAAGCAUCAAGAAGAGAGCACAGGAAAGAUCGAUGCUUUUACAUCCGGCCUCAAGAAAGACCUUCGUUCGCAGCUCGAUGACAUUUUGGUUCUUCGAAACGACUUUGCUACUCAGUCCAACGCCGUGGCAGAUCUAGGAGAAAAGAUUGCCAGUGGAGAGACUGAAUGGCCGCCCGAUGAUUGCAGAAAACUAUUGACGUCUGUUUCAGAUCUGAGGGAGGAGAUCAAGAUUUUGACAAGCAAAGUCGACAAUUUGACACCCAAUGCCACCACCAAGAGCCAAACCGAGCAGCUCGAAACCCGCCUGAAAGCAUUGGAGGAACUUGCGUCGCCGGAGACUGCGGAGUGGAUAAAGGAGAAAUUCGCCGAACUAGACAGAAUCCAACACGAGUCUAUUCCACGAAUCUUCAACCGAAUCAGAACCUAUGAAGACUGCUCUCGCUCUGUUCAGUCCCCCGCGGAAAAUGUCCAAAAGCUGGACAAGAGUUCCUCUGACAAUCCCAGCAAGUCUGGCACACCGCAAGUGCCAGACCAACAACCAUCCCGAGGGUCAGCCCAGGGCCAAUUAGCAAAAGCCAUGUUGAAAAAGAAAAGAUCUCGACACUCUCUCGCCUCUGAUGACGAUCGGUCGCUCCCCGGAACACCCUCUGCGAGUAAUUCGUCGCCCGUCCAUCCCUCCUCGAGCUCGGAUAUAUCAUCGAGCAAGAAGAACAAGAGAAAAAAAAAGCGCAAGGAUCAAGACGCGACCCAACGUUAG